AAGAGGGUUCAGGCUGCGUUUCCACACGUGUGUAACUGUUGGUGUGCGCCGUACAUUGACUGUUUGUUUUAAAGCAGACAGCGAAAUUGAUUAAAUAAAUAAGCUGAACCAAACAUGGCUGAAAUUGUUCAGCAGCGCAUUGAAGACAGAAUACCAGAACUCGAGCAGCUCGAGAGAGUUGGAUUGUUCACGAGAAAGGAAGUGAAGGCUAUGGUUAAGAAAGUGUCAGCCCUGGAAUACAAGCUACACAGGAGGAUCAUUAGCAAAGAAGACUUCAUCACAUAUAUCCAGUACGAGAUCAAUGUUUUGGAACUGAUCAAGAAAAGAAGAUCGCGAAUUGGGUACACGUUCAAGAGAGAAGAGAUCGAGUUCACAAUAAUCCACAGAAUUAACAAUGUUUUCAGACGAGCAACAGCAAAGUGGAAGGAUGAUGUCCAGCUAUGGCUGUCUCAUAUUGUCUUUUGCAAGAAAUGGAACACGACAACGCAGCUCAGCAAAGUGUUCUCCUCGAUGUUAGCGAUUCAUCCAGACAAACCAGCUUUUUGGAUCAUGGCAGCGAAGUGGGAGAUGGAGGAUCGAACUUCAUCAGAAAGCGCCAGGCUUUUGUUCCUUCGUGCCCUGCGCUUCCACCCAGACAACCAGAAACUUUACCAGGAGUAUUUCCGAAUGGAGCUCAUGCACGCAGAGAGGCUUCGGAAGGAGCAGAAAGCACUGGAACAGGCGAAGAUGGAUUUGGGACAGUACGAGUUUUCGGAGGAGAUCAUGAAAGCUGAAUUGGCCCGAGUAAUUUAUAAAGAUGCUAUUCAGAAAAUUAAAGGUGCAGAUUUCCUGCUGUCAUUCCUGUCAAUCGCUCGACUCUUUGACUUCACGAAAGAAAUGCAAGACGAGAUCCUGCAGGAUCUGCAGAGUUUGCAUGCUGAUGAUCCACUGACGUGGGACUUCAUGGCGAAGCGGGAACUGGAGGCAGAGUCCCUGCCGUCCCCGGAACACGAUUCCAAGCAGACAAAGGCGCUGGAAGUGGGGCGCCGGGAGGAGAGGUGCUGCGCGGUGUACGAGGAGGCCGUGACCGCAGUGCCCACGGAGGCUAUGUGGCUGCGUUAUGUCACGUUCUGCUACGAGAGAUUCAAGAGGAAAUCGAACAACGAGGAGCUGAAACAGAAAAGACGAGAGAAAGCUCUAGCAGUGUUUCAGAGGGCACAUGAAUUGUCGCUGCUUGCAGAAUCACUUUACAAGCAAUGGCUCCAGGUGCUGCUGGCAGUUGGUCGGACGGAGAGCGCUGCAGAAGUAGCCGUAGCAGCGGCAAGGCGCUUCAGCCAAUCGCUGGACACCUGGCAGAGCUGCCUUCAGGUCCUGGUGAGUGUGAGGAGUCACGAUGUCCCCACGCUGUUUGAGGAGGCCCUCGCUCACAUCAAACCCAAGGAAAGUCUGCCCCUGUGGCUUCUCAGAGUGGAGUGGACUGAGGAGACGCAAAGCCUUGAAGACACAGAAGCCUUCUUCCAGAAGGGACUGCUUUCCUUGGUCCCUGCCAUCUCCGUAGCGAUGAAAGAACAGUACUUGGACUGGUGCUACAGAACCGGAGGAGUGAAGAAGGCAAAGAAGGUCUUUACAAGUCUUCAGGAAAGUCGGCCAUUUUCUUUGGCUUUUUUCCAAAAAAUGAUAAAGAUUGAAAAAGAACAGGAGACCUGCAAGAUGCAGAACCUGCGGGAAUACUACGAGCGAGCACUCCGAGAGUUCGGGUCUGAGGAGGACAAUUUGUGGCUGGAUUACAUUAAGGAGGAACUGAAUCACCCACAAGGGAAACCCGAAAACUGCGGCAAGAUCCACUGGCGAGCCAUGCGGGUGCUGCAGGGGGAGCGGGUGGAGAGCUUCAUAGCGAAGUACACGCUGUCACAAACCGGACACCUGUAGAAGCAAACCCCUUUGAGCUUUGGACGCUCCUGGAAGAAGACGGUUGUGUUAAUCCUUACCGUAUUUCAAAUUAGAGUUUGUAUUUAAAAAACGAAGGGAUCUUUAAAAACAAGGUUUCGUUGCUGUAUUGUUUUUGAGAUGCACAAAUUAAAAAGGUAACAUGUUCCAUUUUGACAAUCCCGUUUUAAGACCAUUGAACAUUCAGGCCAGGUUCCAGUGUGGCCAACUUUCUGGGCAGUCAAGGCUGUUCGCUGUGAUGGAUGGGAAGUCCAGCACAUGUUUUGGUCAUGUUUCAAUUAUAUAUACAAAAAAAAAAAAGAAA